CUUCAGGACCCCGCUUUCGUCUGUCUUCUGUGUCUGUCUGUCGAACCAGGAACACGACGACCCCUUAAAACCGAGUUAGGGAUCCUGAGUGGACUCACUCGCCCUCGUUCACUCGUCAGCUCAUCCGUUCAUAGUUGCAAUCUCUCAGAGUCAACCUCUUCUUUUCUUCCUCCCAGGAGGGUUUUGGUAGAUGUCACAUUCAAGGGAAGGAAGGCAUGGACACUCCAAGUCUCCUUCACCACCUCCCUCAGCUGCCUCUCCUCCUAGAGCUCGAAGGUCGAGAUCGCUGUCCCGGUCACGAAAAAGUCGCUCCAGAUCAAGGAGCCGAGAAUCAGUUGAAGCAUACAAUCCUGGAAAUAACCUGUAUGUGACUGGUUUAUCCACUAGGGUUACCUCCAGUGAUCUUGAGAAGUUCUUUGCCAAGGAAGGAAAGGUACUGGAGUGCAAUCUGGUACUUGAUCCCCGCAGCAAGGAAUCCCGUGGAUUUGCUUUUAUCACCAUGGAGACCACCGAGGCUGCUGAACGUUGUAUCAAGUACUUGAACCGUUCUGUGCUUGAGGGACGAUUGGUCACAGUGGAAAAGGUACACAUAGAAAGACAUGUAAUUCAAGGAUUUUUCAUUCAUUCUUGUGUAUGCACUUUUUGCAUGUCUUUCGUUGUUUAGAACCAAUUGGUUUUUGGUCCAGAAGCUCAGGCCUAAUAAGUUUUGGCAGCAGGUUUUGGUCUGUGUAACUCCAUCAUCGAAUUCACCAAUCUAAGCUCUCCUAAACCGUUGAACCCCAUUCCAUCUGCAAUCACCACGAAAUGAGUUCCGCAUCGACUUGUUGAAUUCCCCAUCGAUAUUGAUUCAAAUCAAUCAACUAUAUUUGCGGAGGGUUGUUUAUCUUCCCUUCUCAUCGUUAGUAAAAAAGUAUUUGCCCUUGAAUUUUUUUGUCUAUUUAUUUCUUUCUUUCAACAUAUGAUGGAGUCACAGUAAAGGACUGUUCCAGUUGCUUCAGUUUUCCCCCGCAUUUUAUCAUAUUUUCUUCCAGUGGUGUGAUAUUCACUUACAUAGAGAGGGAUGAUAUAGCUGCAAAUGUCCCGAUGAUAAUCAGCCGAAAAACAAACAAAUGCAUGUGCGGAUUAUUGCCAUCGCCUGCAGAUAUGGAAAACUCUGUUUUGCCUUCUUGAAAUGGAACUGCUUUCCGAAAAGGCUGUACGGGCAAUAUAUAUUCUGUAGUUCUUUUGAGUUACAUCUACUAGUUGCUGACAUUGGGUUUUCUGCUUUGGUUACAAUUCUAGGCUAAAAGGUCUCGUGGCAGGACACCAACUCCCGGCAGGUAUCAAGGUCUGAGAGAGAGACGAGGGCGUGGUGGUCAGAGGCGCUCGCGAAGCCACUCACCUCGUAGACGUGACCACCGAGAGCGAGAGAGAGAUCCGUACCCAAGGGAUCGACGAGGCAGAUCACGGUCACCAUCUGGAAGAAGGAAGGAUGAUCAUCAUGAUACCCAUAGAAGGCACAGAGAAAGCUCUCCAUCAGCAGACCGCAGCAGCCACCGUAGGUAGACGACAGAUGAUCGAUGGGGUUGUGAAGAAAGAAGCAUCCCCUACCUACUGCUAUAUCCAGAGUUAUCGUUGUGAAGGAUUGAUUUUAUUGGGGGGGAAGCCCUUUAACAGUUGUGCCCAACUGGGUUAUGUUUGUAUACUCAUUUAGUAUCCGCAGGAUUUUCCUGGCUAACCUGUGUAUCUCGGUUCGUCAUCUGCUGUAGCUCUAUCAUCUAACUUCGGAUUUCUGGUUAUUUUCUUCUGUUCAGCUUCCUUGUCAUUGAAAAAAAAACUUUUGGAAUUCACCUGGGGUCGUUUGGAUUAGAGAUUUGGAUGAGUGAUUUGUGAGGGAUUUUAAAACAAUCUCUCAUUCUGCAGGA